AUGUUUUCAGAUCCUUUUCUCACCUAUGUGGAGCAAAGCACUAGGUUGUAUGAUCAAAUGGAACGGGAUUUACAGGAGAAAGGACCUGUGUUUCUUAAACAAGGCGAAACGUCUCAGUUAUUGUCAAUUUCAGAUCUCUUCACAAUGAAAAAUGGAAAGAUAUCACCUGUCCUAAAGGUUGCAAAGCCUCCUGUACGAGCUAACGUAUUACAUCUCAGCACAGAAUACUCUGUCCCAGUCUCGAAAGCCGUAAAGAGUGUGUUCAGUCCUUACUUCGAAAAUACAAUCUGGUUUCAAAACUCUAAGAUGUACCACUUUAGCAUGUUUCAUGCAUCACAUCAUCUAUUCUCUGUUCCAGCUACCGAAGAUGAGGUUGAAGCAGAAGCAGCUGCUGUUAAAGCAGUUGCUAAUGAGUUUUGCCCUUUGGAGAUUAUAUUGGAUAGAGUUCUUUUAACCUCGACCGGUGUUCUUCUUGGAUGCUGGAAGGUUAAUUCUGGACAUGACCCUAUAACUAUCCGCUCGAAACUGAGAUCUGUACUUCCACGCGCACCAGAAAAGCAACUCUAUGAUGCUGCAAUUCUUCAUACAUCAUUUGCAAGGCUGCUUGGUCCUCCUAUAUCUCCAACCGAGGCUGGUUCUGGCGACCAUCUCAAGCUUCUUCACGAAUUGGUCACAAGACUAAACAACCAAAUCCGAGGAUUCAAGGCAUUAGUAUCAGAGCUAUGGUAUGUAGAAGAGUAUGAUCUUCUCGCGCUCGCAUUGAACGGAAGAAUGAAGGUUCGAUCGUUCCCACUCGGUUGCGCAAAGAGCUAA